UUUUCAGUCCGCAGCCAGGUUUUGUGUUGUCCAAACACACCCGGUGGAUUUGGAUUUAAUAUUGAAUUUAUAUAUUUUAAAUCGGAUUAUUCAUUUUGACAUACACCAAGACUUGCUGUAUCUACAUAUUUAUUAGCAAAAAUGCCACCGAAGCGGCGUAGUACCGGGACGACUCCAAGCAAAGAGACGAAAAACAGAGCCGAGAGUUCCUCUUCGGACAUUAAAACUAGCCCAGAGUUAACGGCGAAAAAGCACAGAGACAAGGAUGCUGACUUUGUUGCUCUGUGCAAGAGCCUUCAUGUGUCAGAUGUGGUUUGUGAGCGCACCUGGAAGAUGUACAAAAGUCUUCAGCAGUCCCUGGAUGAAUUGGCUGUAGAACCCAAAAAAUUAUGGGGUGCCGCUCUGUUUGCGGUUGUGACGGACGUGGACGCUGCCUCAUUCACCCUCACUCAAGUCCAAAAAGCAGUUGGUAUGAACGUAAAUCAGUUUGUAGCUCUGGUUCGGAAACUGGACAUCAAUUUGGAUACGAUAAGCACCAAGGUGAAUUCAGCACUGGCUCGCUUGGAGAACAAAUAUGAAGUCACCCUGGCUCUUUACCAGAGGUUUGACAAGACAUGUAAACGAAUCUUCGCAGUGGCUCCUGAGGCAAAGGAGAACGAGAUCAUACGGACCUGCUGGACGAUGUUUCUCUUAGCCAAAGGAAAAGCCUUACAGAUGGAAGACGACCUCGUCAUAUCAUUUCAGUUGCUGCUGUGCACGCUGGAGUUCUUCACCAAGCGAUGCUCUCCUGAUCUACUGCAGCCUCUUUACCAAUCGGCCAUCAGCAAAUUUCAAAGCCCUGUGACGCGAACUUCUCGCCGCAACCAGAAUAGCGCCAAAGCGCGAGCUGCGGAGCCGGAGGUGGACCUCCUCCUACUCGAAACCUUGUGCAAGGAGAACGAAUGCAAUGUAGAUGAGGUAAAAAAUGUGUAUCAGACCAGUUUUUCUGCUUUCCUGGUGUCUUUGGACCUUCAUAAAUUGUCCGGUCUUCCUCAGGCCAAUAGUAUGAAUCAACAGUAUGAAGAGCAUUACCUCAAGUGUAGAGACAUUGAUGCUCGGCUGUUUUUGGACAGCGACGAGACACUUCUUGCGCCUCAAGUGGAACCGGUACAAGUGGAGAGAACACCGAAGAAAAAUAUGUUGGAAGAGGAUGCCAUGCCGGUUCCACAGACUCCAAUCAGAGCUGCUAUGACCUCCAUUCAGCAGUUGAGGGGAGAUCUCACCUCUCGUGGUGACCAGCCAUCUCCCAACUUGGCGAGAUAUUUCAAGAACUGUACUGUGGACCCAGCUCAGGACAUUCUGAGGCUCUUGGAGACACUGGGACCAAAAUUCAGCCAGAGGUUUGCUGAGGCAGUUGGACCACGGUGCAUUUCCCUUGGAAGACAGAGAUUUAAUCUUGGUGUCAAACUCUACUACAAAGUCAUGGAGGCAAUGCUUAAAUCGGAAGAGAAACGACUAUCUGAGCAAAAUUUCAGUAAACUUCUUAACAACUCUAAAUUCCACACAUCACUCUUGGCUUGUGCUCUGGAAGUUGUCAUGGCAACAUACGGAGAGAGCAGUUUUAAGACUGGGGGCUACAAUCACGGACGCAAUGCUGAUGACCCGGGUGCAGCGAACCUGUGCUUUCCGUGGAUAUUGGACGUGUUGGACCUCAGCGCCUUUGAUUUCUACAAAGUCAUUGAGAGUUUUAUCAAAGCGGACGCCACUCUAAUCAAAGACAUCGUCAAGCAUCUGGAGGCCUGCGAGAACCUCAUCAUGGAACGGAUAGCGUGGAAGACGGGUUCCCCUCUCUUCGAGCUCCUGAAGCAUGAGCACGAGCUUGGUUCUGUUGAGCAAGCAGAGGCCCCUGCGAGUUUCAACCAGCCGUUACAGCAUAACCACACCGCCGCCGACCUAUACCUGUCCCCUGUGCGCCCGUGCCUUCGCACCUUACCGCCGGACUCCCCCGCCAAGCCUGGCUCGCAAGGCGCAGCCCCGCCUUCGAGCCAGUCCGCCCCGCAGACUGCAAACCAGAACCCUCGACAGAUCAAGUCUAACUCACUUAGCCUCUUCUACAAGAAAUUGUACCGCCUAGCCUACACCAGGCUGAAAAUGCUAUGCUCUUACCUGCUUUCCACCCAUCCGGAACUGGAGCUUAUCAUCUGGACGCUGUUCCAGCACACUCUGCAGCAUAACUACGAGCUAAUGAGAGAUCGCCACCUAGACCAGUUGAUGAUGUCAGCCAUGUACGCCAUAUGCAAAGUUAAAAGCGUCGAUCUACGAUUCAAGACCAUUGUGUCCUCGUACAAGGACAUGCCCAACACCUGCCAGGAGACUUUCAAGCACGUGCUAAUCAGCGAAGGCCACUACGACUCCAUCAUCGUCUUUUAUAACCAGGUUUUCAUGCAAAAGCUGAAAACCAACAUCCUUCAAUAUGCCUCAACAAGGCCGCCCACCCUCUCUCCGAUCCCUCAAAUCCCUCGCAGCCCUUAUAAAUUCCCCAGCUCACCUCUGCGUGUGCCCGGAAGCAACAACGUGUACAUCUCGCCUAUGAAAAGCUCACGUUCGUCUUGCAUCAUGACUCCCCGUAGCAGGAUGCUGGUUUCCAUUGGUGAAUCUUUUGGGACGCCCAAUCGCUUCCAACAAAUCAACCAGAUGGUUAACAGCGGCGACCGCUCCUUAAAGAGAAGCUCGGAUCAUAUAGGCAUUCCCAAACAUUUGAAGAGGUUACGAUUCGACGUCGACGGGCAAGACGAAUCCGACGGAAGCAAAUCUGAUGGAGAUUCAAGACUCAUACAGAGGCUCAACGAUUUGACUUCUGCUCGCAGUCGCAUGCAGGAGCAGAAGAUGAAGGAGGAUGUGGAAUCCCGAAAGGAGCAGCACUAAAACCUACUAUGGGCCAAAAUGUGAACUCUGAACAUUUAGUGUUUUGUUUUAGGAUGUAUUUAAUGAGAGGAAUGAUAUAUGAAUAUUUGGUUGGGGUUAUGAUCUGAGGUAUGUUUUUCUUUUAAUGCGAGUUUGUGUUUGACUUAAUCCGAGUGUUACUGAGAUAUGCUGCCUUUCUAACCAAGGUGGAUUUUUUUUUUACAGUGUCAUUUAUGUCGUGUUCAAUGACGACGCAACAAUUGGCAAAUCGAUACAAAGAUUUUACACGCGGCUGUUUUAGGUCCUACUUUUUACAGAAGUGAGACUGACAUUAAAUUUUUUAUAACGUGGCUAGUUAAUUUUGGAAAACGUUUUGAGAUGAUUUUGCUCGCUCUCAUCUUUUUAUUUCAGAAAAGCCUGGUAAUUAGAUUUUUUAAUUUUUGCUAUUUUCUUCUACAGUUUGUUUACACCCUAUUUUAAUCGAAAAUUGUUGUUGUCAGUGUUUUCACACAAAUACAAAAUAUGAGAGUUCCUGCAUUUGAAUUUUUUUGCAUACGAUUGAUAAGCCUACAAAAGAAAAAAAAAAUUCAAUAACAUUGUCUUGCUUAUUUGUUACCCGCCAAAUCAUGUUGAUAAAAAAAAAAGUUGUAGAAGUUUUAAUGUUAAAUUUAUCUUUAAAAAAAAAAUCUUAAAAUGAUUCUAAAUCCUUUCAGAAAAUAAUGAUUUGUUGUAGAUUUUGUUUGUACCUUUUUUUUGUUUGCCACUCAAUACCCUGAAAGUCCUCUCUGCACUUCAGUCUUGUCAUCAAGUACAUCACGACGUAGAACUUUAUUCGAUUCACUGUAUAACAGCUGUAUUGUACUGUGCUACUGACAGGUAAACGUUUUCCUUUCAUUAUGAACCAAUAAAACACAGCCUCUUGGUACAAGAAACUGAAAUUUUUAUUUGU